CGCGGAAGUGCCGGGCCGGGCCCUUCUUGUGUUCCCUUCGCUACCUGGGAAGGUAGGCGAGUGCGCCAGGCAAGGGGCAGCGGGGCAAGCUCGCCCUCUCCGCGCUCUUGGGCUCCUUCUCCCCUGCAUCCAAAGCCAGUCGGAGCUGGACGGGAGCCUGCCUGCCUGGGCAGCCACCCCCCCCCCCGUCCACCCAAGUUCUGGAGAGCCCUCCCCUCUUUCUUUCUUUCCUUCUUUCCUUCUUUCCCUCCCUGCCUCCCUGCCUCCCUCUCUCUGUCUCUUCCCGAGGGACGGGCGCAAGGAGGGCGCGCGCAGAGGACCCGCGGAAAGGGAGGCUGCGGCUUGAGCGGAAUCGAGGGGUCCCGCCACAUCGAGGAGCCUUUGGAGGGUCUGGCCGGCCCGACGCCGCGGGGUCAAGGCAGCCGAGGCAGCCGCAAGGGAUGCGCGCACUUUCUGGAGCAGCCGAGCCAUCGGACUUCCCGCCCCGACUGCAAUCUGCGCCUCGCCUCUAAAACCGGAUGCGGUGCCCUUUGGUGCCCCCGUCUAGGAUGUCUCCUGGCAGGAGGAGAGCAACUUUGGGCGCCCCUCUCGGAGGCGAAGUGGGCCCAGCGCCUUAAGGGGGCCAGAGGAAGGCCGGCGCCUGUGAGCAGUGUGCAGGCCUUUCUGGGCUCUCCCAUGGCCUGGGCUGGGGCUGAAGGGGAUGGAGCCGCAGCACAAUGGAUCAUCGGCCAACCGGAGUGUGCCCAUCGGCCUUCCCUACACGCCCCUGGAGACGGCGCUCAUCCUGCUGGCGGUGCUGGCCAUGGCCUGUGUGACGCUGAUGGGGAACGUGCUGGUGGUACUGGCCGUGUGCACCAGCCGGGCACUCCGGGCUCCUCAGAACCUCUUCUUGGUCUCUCUGGCCGUGGCGGACAUCCUGGUAGCCACCCUCAUUCUCCCUUUCUCCUUGGCCAAUGAGGUCAUGGACUACUGGUGCUUUGGCAACCUCUGGUGCCGGCUCUACCUGUCGCUGGACGUGCUCUUCUGCACCUCCUCCAUCAUGCACCUCUGUGCCAUCAGCCUGGAUCGGUACUGGGCGGUCACCCGGGCCGCCCGGUACAACCUCAAAAGGAGUCCCCGGAGGAUCAAGGCCACCAUCGCCUUUGUCUGGGUCAUUGCUGCCUUCGUCGCCUUGCCGCCUCUUUUCAAGACAUCACCCGAGGACAAUGUGUGUUUGCUCAAUGACGACACCUGGUAUGUGCUGGCUUCCUGUUCGGCCUCCUUCUUUGCCCCCUGCCUCAUCAUGGUGGCCGUCUACUGCCGGAUCUACCAAGUGGCCAAGCGCAGCAACUCUGUGGUCAUUGCAGCGAGGCGGGCCUCCCAUCCCACCUUCAACUCGGUGGGCAAGUGUGACGCCAGGAGGGUGAGCAUCCAGCAGCACUCGGAGGAAGGGCAGACCGAAGUCUCCGAGCUCAGCCAGCUUGCCCACAUCCGGCCAAGCGUGCCCCGUCUCUCUUGGCAAAGGAGGAUGGUGGAAGAGAUGGGCAACAGUGGGGCCAGCCCAGGCAAGACCCCACAGCUCUCUUGGUCUGUGCCCUCCUGCCAACAGAAGCGCAGAAGUCGGGACCUGCCCCUCUCCCCUGGCCAGCAGAGGCGCCGAAGUCGGGACAUGUCCUUCUCCACCCACCGGCUGAUGCAGGCCCGGGAGCGCAGGUUCACUUUUGUCCUGGCUUUCAUCAUUGGAGCAUUUGUGCUCUGUUGGUUUCCGUUCUUCUUCAUGUACAGCCUCGAAUCUGUGCUCGGGGAAGACUGCUGCAUCUCCAGGACUGUCUUCAAAGUCUUCUUCUGGAUCGGUUACUGCAACAGCAGCUUCAACCCUAUCAUUUACACUAUCUUCAACCGGGACUUCCGCAGAGCCUUCCAGCACCUUCUGUCCCGGGCUGAUCCACUUCGGCGUCGAAAAUGAGAAUCUUGGCAGAGAUUUAGUGGAGUGUGUAAGUGAGAAAGACAGUAGUGCACAGAGCCUUGCAGGCCUGGGAUGAUAAAACAGGUAACUGGUCGGCUCUGGCUGAUGAACUGAUAAAGCAAGAGUUGCACGCCAGUGGCAUAAGCGUGCCAAGUGAUGCACUUAGGUUAUUUGGCCUGCCAUUACUGUGCCAAGUGAUAUGUUAGGUUUAUGUGGCCUGGUAGUGGCCUAGAAUUCAGUUUACAUUUUUGUCUGCCUCACCAAAAAGAAAAUGGCCUUGUGGUUGGAGAGAUGGGGCACAAAACUUCUCUUUUGAUUUGUGGAAGAAUUCCCACAAAGUGUAGCCACUCCUGCAAGAAAAGUAAGCAU